AUGGGGGUUGCGAACCAUGACGGCCUCAAAUUCCGCAACUUCCUCAGCGAAGUAACAUCCUGGGGCGCGCUCGCAAUCGCCACAGGCGCCGCAUUCACCGACCCAGAAGUCUACGGCGACUCCGAAUCCGAUGCCAGCUCCGUCGCUACAGCCCAAGACCCCGGCGCACUCACAGACGCCAUCGACUGGGUCUUCUCAAACGCCGGUAAAGGUCCCUGGCAACAUAUCGACCACACCCGCAUCGGGGUCUGGGGCCAGAGUUGCGGCGGGCUAGAGGCGUACUCUGCCGGUGCGCACGAUGACCGGGUUAGCCACCUUGGUAUAUUCAAUAGUGGGCAGUUGGCUGCGAAUGACAGUAAAGCUGUUGCGGGAAGACUCACGAAGCCGGUGUUUUAUAUCCUUGGAGGGCCGGGGGAUGUUGCGUAUCCGAAUGGAGAACAGGAUUACGCGUUCCUCCCGAAUGCGACGGCCGCAUGGAAGGGGAGCCAUACGCUUGGCCAUAGUGAGGCGUUUGAUGUCCCGUAUGCUGGUAUCCCGGGGGUUACCGGGCGGAAGAUCCUGCAGUGGAUUCUGCGGGGCGAUGCAAGUGCGAAAGACUGGUUUGUUGGUGAUGCGCCGCAUGAGGUUGGGUAUGUGAAUGUUACAUAUCAGAAUCUGGAUCGCGUUCAUGUAGAGCCGAUUCAGUGA